AUGGCAAUUGGCGACAUACGCGAUGAAGCAUUAAUCGAUAAUGCUUUCAUUGUCAACACGAACACUUCCGAUGAAUUCGCGUACCUUGUUUGGAAGGACUCUCAGGAGGAAGUUGUACUGCAAGUGGAAGGCAUUUUAGCAGAAGCUCAUCACCCACCUGUUAUUGGCAACGAAAUGGAAUACUCUGGGAAAUUGAACGACCUCAUGCAAUCAGUUGUUAUUGUCAGUAGCAGUCAAGACGACACGUUCAGUCGAGCCAUUCAGGGAAUCGAAGCCAUAAAUGCGUUCAUGGCCCGGUUCAAUGUCAAAGUCAAUAUGAUGAAUAACUUCGUAUUGGGCAAUCUGAAAGCUAUUCGCGGACAAACUCGAUUGUUAAUGCCUGUGGGCAAGGCUCGGAUGUCGACAGUUGAUAUUUCUUCAAUCGACUAUGGGAAUGUAUUGAAAAAUAUGAUGACCCAAGGAUCCCAUCAAUAUACAGAGGACAACGUGGUGUCGUAUUUGAAGUGGGGGCCUACCACUGGUGGUGAAAUACAUAUAUUGAGUACUCUUCAGUUUCGUGUCGGACAUGAAUCCAGCUCUGCUGAAACCUGGGCACAUCGUGGAUCUGGGCUUAUCAUUCAGAUUGAUAAAAAUGCCGCGUCGAGUACAAUUUCAAGCAUGACUCGACUCUUGUACGGCCAUCGAAUGGGGAGGCAUCAAGAUUCUAAAAACAAUUUCAAGGAUGCAAACAAAAGAAGAUGGCCCAGUACAAGGACCUCCCAAGAAACGUUUGCGGUGUCAAAAGGAUGUAGCAUGAAAAUGGGGGUGGUGGACACCAAGAUGGAUGGCAUUUCUAACAUGAUGGUGCAUAUGAAGACCUAG